AUGAUUCCAUUACAAGAGUUUCUGGAAGUUAUUUUAAAACAAGAAGUUGAGAGCAUGCUGGACGAAUUGAUUGGCAUACGGUGGACUUGGCGCACGGAUCAUCUCUUACGCAAAAAGAUUCGCCCAAAUCUUGUGUUUUCCAAAUUUAGUAUAUGUUUGCAUGAGUCAGAUAAGUCAGACAGUUCUGCGCUGUUGUGGAUACUCAAUUACGUCUAUCGAUGCAGAAAACAUCUUUUUUUUACUUUUGACGACAUCAUUCUGAUCUCAAUGGAAAUACCCGCGGAUAAAAAGCCAGCGGAGGAUAUGCUGCAGUCCAUGUUCUCUUCCACAACUAUGCUUACGACCUCACUCCAGCGUCAGAGCCAACCAGCCUUCUUUUAA